AUCAAAACCCAGCGGGUUCAACAUUGUGCACUUGCCAAUUGAUGUUCUCGAAGAAGUUUUGGAAAAGUUGGAGCCAAAGUGGCUAAACGCUGAUUGGUGGGAAGUUCACAUUUCUGAGGUGAUCAUACUGAGUGAUUUAACAUUCCUCCUCCGCAAAGUCUCCCGCCAAUUCAAAUCACUUAUCGACAACAGAGACUAUGGUCUCAAACAGAUUCAGCUCUCAAUCAACAGAAUUUUCAAAAGCUGCUCUAUAUAUUUUGAUGAGAAUUGUGUCGAAUACGAGGACAUUCCAAAACUGCCUAGAGGAACACCGAAAAAAUGGGAGAAGCCUGUGCAGAAAGAUUACUGCUCGGUUUGUCUGGAAGAUGAUGUGAUCCAUCGGGUGGUAGGCAUGGUUCAUUUGGAAGUUGCGUUAAGUGACAUGACACUUUUCUUGAGAAAUCCUAAAUGCCGACUGGAAGAGUUGUCAGUUCCACGGGCUUUCAAUCAAAAUUCUGAAACUAUAACAAGUCUUUUCUCCGGCCAACUCACCAAUCUACACGUCAAAAAGUUCACACUAACAAGGGACUAACAAGGGUAAGGGAAUUCACAAGUACCCAACUUGCUCAGAUUCUUCCAAGUUUCAAGGCAGGCGUCUUGGAAGAGAUCCUCUGGGAACUACACGAUCCAGUAAAUAUUGAUGUUUUACAAGAAGAACUUGUCGGAUUGGAGCAAUGGAAAAGAGCAAAGAGCUUGAUAGUUAGGCCAAGUUAUUAUAAAAAAUCUUACAUGCAUGUCACAACGGAUUUUCAACUUUUUGCAAACUUCUCGAAACUUGAAGCUCACCUGAAACUUUUUAGAGAGGACCAUGCUCGAGAUUUGAAAGAGAUUCUCCCGAAAAUCCCAAAUUUUCAAUCCUGGACUCUCCAAGCUCCCAUAGAAGAUCCCGUGGAGAUGGUGAAAAUCUUCAAGCCGGACUAUACGGGCGGCCCGUUUGGAAGCGUAGAGUACACUGCUCAUGGAUUGAUAUAUUUGAUAGAAUUUGAUUUUAAAUACUUUAAAGUUAUUGCAAAAUAA